UUUAACGGCGGUGAUUUCCGGCCUGUGAGAAAGUGAAUUCUGAGCCACAGUUGUCAUUGUUGCACUGUACGUGGCUGCAGUUACUACCGCAAGUGUUCAUUGCAAUAUCAUUAAGCUGAUAAAAAUGAAGUGGUCAGUUAUCCUCCUCCCGAUUGCCUUUGCGGUGGCAGUGAAUGCUGCCAAGUUUGGCACAACGAUCGAUUGGAAAAAAUCCAACAUAAAGAAGACCGAUCCCAUACUGGGUGCCAUCGACGAUUUUGUGGUCCGAGCGUGUAACAGUGUCCAACAGGAUAACUACGAAGCCAUGGCCAAAUAUGUGUACGAUCUGGUCAACGCCAAGUAUAACACGUACUACUGGGAUGUUGUUGUGUUCGAGGCGAAAUAUGAUUAUGGAUCAAAGAUAUUUGCUAAUCAAGCAUACCUGGGAACAUGCAACGGCAACAGUUACUACGUCUGGGGACUACUCAAGACCAACGUUAGGGGAUAAAUUAUUUUACGACAUUACAGACUGUACACUCAUGUACAGCACUGUAAUUACUGUCCACUGCACUGGCCAACAACAUCUGUGCGCAAUGUUUUGAAAAAUAAAGGCGGCUCAAUUUGUGCUAAUUCGGUCUAUCAAAUUAACUCCUGUCAAAACAAAUGCGCAAUAAAGUUGCCAGUUAA